ACAAUCGCACAACCUCACUGAACUAUGGGUUACAUCUUUUCUCUGCAUAAUUGUUAUUAGUUUUUAAUUUUCACUGAGCCUUUUUCUCUCUUUCUCAUAUUCCCGUUCUUAAGUAAUUGGAGAAGGUUUAGGGAUUUCUUUGUCGCGAGUGUGAUUGAGUUGAUGGGCACAAUGGUGAGGGCAGAGUGAGACUUGGGCUUUGGGAAUUGAUAUUGAAGGCGAUAGAAGCAGUGAUUAGCGUUAUGAUAGUUGGUGAAAAUGGAUUUGAUGGUAUUGGAGUUUUGAUAGGAAGUGUUGUAGUUUGGUGAACGAUGGACUUGGUGAUACCUAAAAUACAGUUUUUCUCAUAUAAACACUUCCACCGAGAAAGCUGUAGCAUUGGUUCUUCAUUCAAUUCGGUGAGAGUAUGUAAUAUGGUCUGCAAAUCUGAAUUAUUUGUUCUGCUUCGUAAUAUUAGGGCUAUUGACAUUAGAAAACCUAAUGGCACUUGCUCUAGAAAGCAUUUGGGCAGUUGCUUGUUUGCUGUUUCCAAAUAUGAAAAUUGUGAUUUGAAAGGUAAUCUUCAACAAUUUGAAAGAUUCCCAAAAUGUGCUUUAAAUGGGAUGGAAUCCUACUCAGAUUCGGUCAAUUCCCUGAGUUUUGAGGAUUCUGAGAAUGAUCAUCUCCGCAUGUUGAUUAAAAAUGGGGAACUGGAAGAAGGUUCUAAGUUUCUUGAGUAUAUGACUAAUAAAGGCAGUAUGCCUGAUGUCAUUGCUUGCACUACUUUAAUUCAUGAGUUUUGUAAGAUUGGCAGGACUAAGAAGGCAACUCGAAUAAUGGGAAUUCUGGACGAGUCUGGAGCAGCUAUUGAUGUAACAAUGUACAAUGUUCUGAUCGGUGGUUAUUGCAAAUCUGGGGAGAUAAAGGAAGCCUUGCGGGUUUUCGAUCGGAUGAGUGUUGCUCCAAAUGCUGAUACAUAUGAUACAAUUUUUCAUAGCUUGUGUAAUAGAAGGAAAUUGAAGCAAACCAGGGAAGUACCCUAUGUAGAGCUGCAAAGCAAGUGUUACCCAGAUGUAGUUACAUACACUGAAUUGAUUGAUGCCACCUGUAAAGAAAAUGGUGUUGGUCAGUCAAUGAAGCUGUUAAUUGAGAUGAUGAACAAAGGAUGCAAGCCUAAUGUGGUUACAUACAAUGUUCUUAUCAAAGGGAUAUGCAAUGAAGGUAGGUUGGAUGAAGCAAUUACGUUUUUAAACAAAUUGCCAUCCUAUGGUUGUAAUCCUGAUGUGAUUUCUCAUACUAUUAUCUUGCACAGCUUGUGUAGUGGUGGAAGAUGGAUGGAUGCUAUGAAACUAUUGGCUAGUAUGCUUCGUAAAGGGUGUUCCCCAAGUGUUGUUACUUUCAAUAUCUUGAUUAAAUUCUUUUGCCAGAAAGGAUUACUAGGUAAAGCCCUUAAUGUCUUGGAGAUGAUGCCAAAGCAUGGUUGUAAACCUAAUUCCAGAAGUUACAAUCCAUUGAUUGAAGGGUUUUGUAACGAGAAAAGUGUUGAUAGAGCAAUUCAGUACUUAGAAAUAAUGGUAUCCAGGGGAUGUUAUCCAGAUAUAGUGACCUAUAACAUUUUGCUGACUGCAUUAUGCAAAGAUGGGAAGGUGGAUGAUGCUGUUGAGAUACUGAACCAACUAUGUUCCAAGGGAUGCCUUUCUUCUUUAAUCACUUAUAAUAUAGUGAUUGAUGGGCUUUUGACAGUUGGAGAAACAGAGCGUGCUGUGGAACUCUUUGAAGAGACGAGCAGGAAAGGUCUUGAACCUGAUAUAAUUACAUACAGUACAAUCAUUGAUGGGCUUUUAAAGGUGGGAAAAACUGAACAUGCUCUAGAACUCUUGGAAGAGGUGUGCAGUAAGGGUAUGAAGCCUAAUCUAAUUACUUUUACAUCCGUGGUAGGUGGGCUCAGUCGUAAAGGAAAGGUUCAUGAAGCAAUAACAGUUUUCAGUUAUCUGGAAGGAUUAGGUAUUACCCCCAAUGCAGUCAUUUAUAACUCAAUAAUGAUGGGACUAUGUAAAACUCAGCAAACCAGCCGUGCCAUCGAUUUUCUUGCUUAUAUGGUAGCUAAUGGAUGUAAACCUACUGAGGUUACCUAUAAAAUUGUUCUAAAAGGCAUUACUUGUGAAGGAUUUCCUGAGGAGGCUUCCAAAUUGUGGAAUGAGUUGUACUCCAAAGGACUCGUAAAGAGAAGUUUGGUAGAAAGAAAAAAACAGUUAAGAUGCAGAAGAAAACAUCAAUGACAACUGCAAAAUCAACCCAUUAAGUGUGUUGUUUGGGUUACUUGGCUACAUGGUUUGGUCGAUCCCUCUUGAGUUCUGUCAAUACCAAACUAUCAAUAAAAUCAACUGCGAAUUGUGAUAUAUACACACAAAACACAAACACACACGAAGCAAUCUAUAUGUAAUAUACAAUGCACCACUAAAUAGUUCUUCCCAUUUAUGCACUUAGAUUUAGUUGUCCUUCUGUCUUAGUAGUGUCCUCUGCUCACAUGGUCCAGAUUACAGAUUUUUAUGUUUUAGGGAGAGCAGAUAGUGAAUUUUAAGUAGAAUUUGUUGAGCUUUUUCUUCUGGUGAAACGAAAAAGACCAGGUCAAUUUGGUGAGUGCCCCCUUCCCAAAAAACGAAACUUAAGCUUUCCCUUGAUCUAUACAAAAAAUAAAAAAUCUUGGAGCUCAAAUAUGAUUUGAUUGAAAUAAAAUUCUGACCUAUUUGUGUCAGAAGUUAUAUGGUGCACUCAGAUAUUGUACAUAUUAAUACCAUUAUUUUUUUUUAAUUAUAACUUGUGUUCCAUCAAUCUUUUUCAUGGUUUGCCAAGGAACUUCUAAGGAUGAUGCUACCUCUGUUCUCUGUUAUUUUUAUCUCCAGCAACAAACGAGUAUGUCCAAGUUGGCAUGUAAAAGUUUAAAAGAACGAUUAAAAUUUCGUGUCACCAUUUAAAUAUGUCAUAUUCCUACUUUCUUAGAUCUCAGGUGAUUAGCAGUCUUGAAUAAGGAGCAGACUAGUGUAGGAUGCUUUGUAUGUUAUCUGUCAUGCUGCAUUGCUUCUGAUAUCAUCUUUCAUCGGUUGUAUCUUAGCUGUUUUGCUGCAUGUUUAUUACCUCAAAUAUGAGACGUGAUCCUUUUAUACUGAGUAUUUUUUUAAGACAAAUUCACCCAACCUACUGCUCUUGGCGAUAUCAUUGUUCUUCUCAUUUGAAGUGGAAAACGGGCUUGGUUGUGUAAGUAAAAGGACCUAGUUGCAUGCAAAUUGUGAAGACUGCAGGUUGCGAUAUAGUUUUGAGGCACUCGAUGCAAUAUGUUGUGUGCCACUUAAUCAAAGAUAUUAGAACAUAAUGGCCUGACUACUUUAAUUUCUGCAGUUGAAACCAAAUCAUUGUGUCAUAGUAAUAUUUGCUGCUUUCAAGAUUGCUAUGGGUUAUGUUAGAUUUUUCCAUGCAUGUCUUUGCUAGCAAAAUUGUAUUUGAUCGUGUCAAUUUAGAUAUUUGAUGUUUAUUACAAUUCAGUGCUGAUAAA